AUGACUGUGGAAAAAGAAUCUCAACAAAUACCAAUUAAUGUAUUUUACAAUAAUAAAUAUACUCUAUCUAUCUAUCUAUCUAUCUAUCUAUCUAUCUAUCUAUCUAUCUCACACACACAUACAGGAGAGUCUCAAGAUAAGAUCUUACAGGAAGAUGUGCCGGACGAUCUAUCUAUCUAUCUAUCUAUCUAUCUAUCUAUCUAUCUAUCUAUCUAUCUAUCUAUCUAUAUUAAAGAAGAAAAAACUUUGUUGUCGUCUUUUUUCUCUUACUCUCUCUUCAUAAUAUCUCUGACUCCCGUUUUGCAUUAUACUUAUUUUUUCUUAGUUUCUUAUACUAGUUGUCAUUUUCAAAACAUUAUAUUAGUCGCCACCCCCCUCGUGAUUGCACCCCAUCCUUUUGCAUGCCCCGUCAAGGCCAAAAGGAUCCCACGCGACGAAUUUUGGAUAGCGAAAAAAAAACCCAAAUAUUCUAGAUUUUUAUCUAUAGAUGCCGGGUAUCUAUCUAUCUAUCUAUCUAUCUAUCUAUCUAUCUAUCUAUCUAUCUAUCUAUCUAUCUAUCCUUGCUUUGUCAGUGUGAAUUAUAUCUAUUGUAGGUCACUUGUUGAGAGAUGGAUCAAAACCAGACCAAGUCAGCUAAAGAUAAAAUAG